AUGUCUACUGACCAGGAAGAGUUAAAUUUAAAUGAGCUCGUGGGAAACCUACUGGCAGCACAUAAUGAGCAUGAUGUCCCGUCACAGCUCGAUAACAGUCAAGCAGAACUUCCAGAAGAGAUUCCAGAACUUCCAGAGGAAAGUCAAACCCAUGGAGAGCUCGAAGAUGAAGAUUUGGCUGCAGUUGUAGCGCAGGCCAUAGGAGGUAUGGAAGACCAUGGCUCCGAGGAACCAGGACCGUUUGAGGCUGUGCAACAUGAUGGAGAAGGUUCACAGAGUGGGGCAACUCAGGAGGGUCCCGAAAGGACAAUAACUAAAGAAGAGGAAUGGGCUCAGAUCUUGCAGCAAGGUCUCCUACAGGAAAGUCAACUAAAUCCGCAAGAACACAUCGAUGACUCCAUGAAUAUGGCUGGCACUGAAAAUCUGGAUCACGAUGAUGAAGCACUCCGAAGGGCGAUUUUGGAAUCAUUGCAGAAUCUCAACGUCGCUGAAAGUCAGCCGCUACCGGGAAAGGAACCUGGCGAAUCGAAAGGCUCUCACAAGAAGAAAGAGAAAGGAAGCAGCCGAAAGGACAAGACCAAGGAUAAAAAGACCAAAAAGACUGAUUCAAAAAAGGACGAUAAGGUCUCUUCCAGCAAAAAAAAAUCAGCAAAGAAGAAAAAGGACUCCUCUAAGAAAACCUCCAAAGACCUGCCGAAACAUUCGAUCAGCGGGACAAAAGCCCCAAAACCAAGUAGUGAUAACGAUCUGCUCAAUUUUGAAGAUGUCAUAAAAGGCUUCAUGGAGCAGGCCAGCAACGAUGCUGCUCUGCAGCCGAAAAAUAACUUGCCAGACGAAUCGAGCGUCUCGGGUAUAAGCGACGGUAUCGAUGCAGAGACGCGUUCACUAGUCGAAAAUACUCUUCGUGCAUUUGAAAGUGAGCUCUUGGCGGGCCCGACAGUUACGAGCAAGAAGCCAACUAGCCGCAGUAAGAACAAAACUCAGUUUGCCAAGGCAAAAUCCAACGAACGUAGAUCGUACGAGGGAGUCCAGCCGAUUGUGCAAACCUUACCACUAAGCAAGCCAAAGAAGAUCAAACCCACUGAUCACUCCAAAAAGAAAAAAGCCGCCAAAAAGAGUAGUAAAGAGAAGGAUGAAUAUAAUGAGGUCGACUUUUCUAAGGCCUUGGCGGAUAUGGUUAAUCAGGUCGUAAACACUACGCUCUCUGACCAAGAACCUGCCGUACCUGCCGUACCAGCCGCACCUACUUCAUCUGCUGGCGAGGCCAGACCAGAAUUACCUAACAAAACCUCGGUAGUGUCGACUGGCAUUCCCCCCGCCAUCGAUAAUAAUGCGGCACUUGAGAAUGAUUCUGCUGCAGUGGACGGAAAAUCCCAAAAACCAAUCGCGAAACAUCAAUCACAGGGACUGGAGGCCUUAGAACACCAUGGUUUUGAUCACCUCCGGCCCCAAAAGUCAAUCGAAGAUCAGCCACAUCCUCAACGAGAGGAGGCUCGCCUUGAUUCCCGUCGAGCAAGCUUGGAGGACUCUACCGAAGGUCCGCUCUUGUCAUUUCCCGAUGCCAAACUGAUAACUACUACGAGCGAUACCUCAGCAGCAGGCGAUGGAUUCGAUUUGAAUCAAAUAAUGCAAAAUGCUAUGACGAUGGCUUUUCAGGGUCAAGUCGGCCAGCAAAUUAGCCAAUCUGACCUCAAUGAUUUCAACCAACAACUUCAGGGCUAUAGCGUGUCCAGUUUUUUGGACGGAGUUCGUACGUCUGCGAAGUCAAAGAAGAAACCGUCCAAAAAGAAGAAUAUUGGGGACAAAAAGACAAAAACCAAGUCUUUAAAGAACAAAAACUCGUGGGAUCAAGAUGGACUAGGAAGUCUGAUGCCGGCGCCUGGUGGAGGAGUUAUGAAUUUCAAAGAUUUUAAAAUCAAACCAACCAAAUUGAAAGCGCCAAAGGUCGACAGUUCUGGUGUGAAGUCCAAGAAAAGCAAGAACACCAAUAAAAAGACUAUUUCUAGUCAAGAGCUUAGCGCUGCUCUCCACGCUACAGCCGGUUCUUUACCUGACCUAAUACAAGAUUUGCCUAAAGCACUAGAUUUACAAGAAAUCAAGAAAUCUGGCAGGCCAAGGAAAACGCCCACUACUGUACCCAUUUCCGAUAAAUUUUGGAGGAAGAGAUAUAAAAUAGCGGUAACAGAGGCGGCCGCGAGGGCUCGGCGACAAAGGAUGGAUAGAAAUAAGGCAAAUCGCAAGAAAUUGAAGGAAGAUAGGCAUGCAAGGCGCCAGGAAAGGCACUUGAAGCGAGAAGAGGAUCGUUUGAAUGAAGAGAACGAGAGAAAAGAGCUGGAGAUGAUAGUUGCUCGUGGGCCACCAUACCCUCUAGACCUCCGUCUAACAAAAAAAGGAACGCCCAAGAAACCGUACCGCCGCUAUACCGCGGACGAAAUGAAAACAAGGUUAUCGACAAUGUCCGCUAAGUUUGCCACUGCUAGGGAUAUCCAAGCACGAGGGUUAGGGGUUCAAAGAACGAAAGCGCAUCAAUUUUCUGUCCCCAGGAAGGUCCCGAUUAUUGACUUCACUAAUAGUGAACGGUCUUUAAAAUCUGAUGCUCAUUCCAAUACCUUUCAGAAACUGGGCUUGUAUCCCCCUUUGAUAAAGAUACAGUCUAUUGACGAAAAGUAUGCGCCAGAGUUUCCUCAGCGUCCAGGCGACCCAUUUAUCACAGACCAAGCAGCGCGCGAGGAACACAUGGUUAGACCAAAAAAGAAGAAACAUAGUUCAAGGUAUGAGUCUUUGCGAAGCCCAAAAACGGUAGUGCAUAGAGAGAAGGUUGUCUUUCAUCCACCAUGGAGUAUUCCGCAAUUUCCACCACUUGCUUUGCCUGUAGCGCGAAGGAAAAAGAGAAGCAAGCUAAGAACAAUCGAAGGAUCAAAGAAUUCAAAGUCAAGUCGCCGUGAUGGAGGCAAAAUAAGUGCGCCAUCUUUUGUUUCCGGCAACAAGAUAAUUCCGUCUUCUCUUUUUCCAAUUAUCAACACAUUGAAGGCCGCCGCGAGAGCGAAAGCCGCCGCAGGUGCUACUCCCGAGGAAGCGGGGAAGCAUUUAGGCGCAAUGCUGCGUAAUGCCAGGCUCACAAUAGCUCAAGUUUUGGCUCGGGCCAGAAGUCAAGGUAUGCGCAACUAUGGGUCGAUAAAAACUCUCGAUGAUGUCAAACAAUUACAGACUGGAUCAGAUCAACCUAAGAUCAAAAGGACUCCGAUCUUCAGCUUGAGCAGCAUCAAAGCAAUCAAAGAGCAGAACCAGAGCACAGCAACGCCCGACACAGUCCGAACUUCCGAAUCAAGCCGUCCACCUCACGAAUCCAAGAAUCCGUCGCUUGAGAAUAUUCCUUCUGCUGUUGUCGCAGGUGACAACCCGAGCGAGGACAAAUCUUCUAAUCAGGUGCUAAGCUCACCUAGCGCCGAAGAAAGACUAAAAGGACUGGUGUCUUCAGAGACUACAAACGUGCCCUCUGAACGUGUCGUUGAUAAGACAGGAAUUGAUGAUGGCCCAUCAAGUGAGGGGCAAUACCCGGAAGCAGGUAAUAAUUCAGACCAAAAGAGUGAUCAAGUACAAACGAACUCUGAGAUCUCUCAAAACCAGGCUUCUCCUGAUAAAGUACAAGACAAUGAUGCGCACCUAAAGGUGUCCAAACCCGUUCAGGUGGUCAAACUGGAGGAUAAAGGUGUCGAGCCCAUGUUGGCCGGUGCAAGUGAAUUCAAGCAAAAUGAUGCACAGCGAAUUGGAAAUGAUCUGCCUCCCGAAGUCAAAGUAGAACUGGCACGGGCAAUAAAUGAUAUUAUGAAUCCUCGCGAAAAGGCUCGUAAGAAGUAUACCAGAAGGACAACUCCAGUUUUAAACCUUGAAGGCCUAGUGCCUCCGGCAUCCUCCAUAUCCAGAAUCAAACCAGACCGUGUGCUGGAGACAUCCCGAGAAAACCAUUUUCUAAGCGAUAGUGCUACGUCUAGAAGCUCCACGCCCUUGUCUUCAGUAAAAGAGAAAUCGCAAACGCGGGCGAGGACCCCGGUAAAUAAGUUAGGAGGUCCAUCCAAACCGGCUUUCGAUACUAAAUGGCAGUUCACCAUUCCCACCGAGAAUAUCAAAGGGCAGCCUCUCCCACUAAUUUCUAUCUUGAAGAGAGCGAAGAAAUACCUUAACUCCGAAGAACUAACACAGCUUAGGAAAGCCAUGACGAACGAGCGUAAAAGGAAAUGGAGAGAAGCCAACGCCAGCAAAAACAAAGAUCAUGAUCUGAGAGCACGGCUCCGGAAGAGAGCAAAUGCGUUGUUUGGUACUACAGACUCUGCACUCAAGAACGACUGGUUCAAUAAAGAAUACUUGAAGCGCUCGCUCAAGAAAGAACCGGAGAAUGGCGACGAAACAAAACAAUCUAUUCAAGAACUUCCAACGAGUAUAACAGACCAUGAAGUUUUGAGUAUGAUUGCUUCUCUACUGGGAAAGGAAGAUGUAUCUCGGGCUAUCGAGAAAGAGAUCAUUGACGAAGCCAAUAUGGUGGGUCCCGAUCGAAAAGCCGGGAGGAAAAAAGUAAAAACAGCCUUUACCACAACCAAACUCGAGCAGUCCUCACUGCAAACACCGGGACCUUCUUCUCUAAAUGAUGCCGAAAAGUCAGAAGAAAAACCAAGAGAUCAUCCUGCAAUUUCAGGUUCUAAGAGUGAGUCGCUUUCGAACUCUCAAGGCGAUCAGCAAAAGGGGACGACGCAGUCUUCUGGUGAGUCUAUCGAUCCAAUAUUUUCGCAAAUAACAAAGAGGAGUCGGCUCGAUGAAUUGGCAUGUGCCUCAGACAACAGCAAACGCGUGAAAACAGGUACACAUGUAGAGAGCGAGCCUCUCAAGAGACCCGCCUAUAUCAACUUGGAAAAUACGGGUUGA